AUGACCAUUUCCCGCAACGUGUACAACCAGCUCUUCGAGCCUGCGCCCGACGCGUCGAGCGGCGGCAGCGGCAGCACGGAGAAGGUCAUUCGUCUGCGACCGACCGAGGCCAAGGCAGGCGCAGUGGUCAUGUCGGCCAAGAGCAAGAUCCAAAUGUGGACAAAGGACGAGCACGAGCGCUUCCUCGCGGCGCUAGAGCAGUUCCCGGCCGGGCCGUGGAAGAAAGUGGCCGACUAUAUUGGGACCAAAACGCCGCGGCAGACGAUGACGCAUGCGCAGAAGUACCGGCAGAAGAUCCACCGCCGACAGCGCGGGCUGCGCAACCAAAAGAAGACGAGCAGCGAGGGCCGUAGUGCGCGCACGGGCGACAGCACGCCCCCCCUCAGCAGUAAUAACAGCAACAGCAGCAACAGCAACAACAGCAGCAAUAGCAGCAGUGGGAGUCCGCCACUGCUAAACACAGAGGCAAAAGUGAAGGGAGAGCCCACGGACCUGAUCGUGUCGCCCUACGGCGUGGCCGAGCUGCAGCUCAAACCCGGCUCGGAGGCGGCCCUGGCUGCAGCCGCAGGCGCGACGAACGACCAGCUGCUGAACAUUCUGGCGCAGCAGGCCACGACGAUCCACGACAAGCCAGAGCUCGUGGACGCGGACCAAGCAGCAGCAGCAGCAGUGCCAGAGGCUGCAGCGGCAGACGACUCGUCGACGACCAACUUGCCGUCGCUGGCCGAGAUCUUACACCUGAGCGGCGGGGAAGGGCAGACGGCGGCUACGGUGGAGACCGAAGGGGCGCUGUCUGCGAGUGAGCGGGACAGCGAGGCCAAGACGGCGGUCAAGAUCGAGGCGGAGGCCACUGAGGUGGAGAUCGAGGCGCCGAGCGUGUCAGAAGAGUGCAAGUGUAACUGCAAGUGCAGCGUGCAUGGCGGGAAAAAAGAGGCUGUCAACGAGACGGCGGCGCAGCUUCGACCCGAAGCAAUGUGA